AUGCCCUCCGUUUUCCUUAUUGGCGGUACAGGCCACGUCGGAGGAGCAGUCCUCGACCAGCUGCAGACGAAGCACUCCGAUGUCCCCGUCAAAGUUCUCGUCCGCAGCGAGCCCAAAGCAACGCGGCUACGCACCAAAUAUCCCCGGGUCCAGACGGUGCUGGGGGACCUUUCCACUUGGGAUGUCGUCAAGGCCGAGUGCCGUCGGGCCGACAUUGUGCUCAAUUGCGCGCCGGACAUAACCCACGAGUCGAGUAUCAAGGCAGCGGUCGACAGCAUGUGCGAGCCGGGGCGGAAGCAGAAAGGCUUCUUCGUCCAGACUACGGGGGCGAGUAACCUGUACGAUGAGCCUACGGGGUCUCCCGAGGCGCGUACUUGGGACGACAUGGACGAUAUCAAGGAGAUCAUGAACUUCAGUCCAACUCUGACACAUGUCAAAGUCGACAACAUCUUGAGAGACGCAAGUGAGGAUGUGUACGUGGCCAACAUAUCCCCCGGAGGGAUUGGUGGCAUCAGCCCUUCGAUCGAGCACCCGGUACCGUUGAGUACUGGGGCCAUCGUUACCACCGCAAGGGCCUUCAACUCCGGCUUCAAGAUCAACACUGGCGAGAACCAGUCCGGCUGGGUGCACGUUCUCGACCUCGCGCGAGCGUUCCUCCUCCUCGUGGACAACGCCCUCGCCUCGCUCAACAGCAACCAGCCGCCUGCAGAGCCCGCCGGCUUCCCGCUCUGGGGCCGCGAGGCGUAUUACUACCCGGUGGCGGAGCAAAUCGCCUUCCGGGACCUCAUAGCGGGACUCAUACCGCCCAUGCGCAAAGCAGGCAUCAUCGAGAGCACCGAGAUCGUGAGCACGAGUAGCAAGGACGCCGCGCGCGUCUGUCUGUCGGGCACGUUCGACUUCGACCCCGACAUGAAACUGCCAGCCCCGGAUAGCUGGCAGAUCCACAUGGCAGUGUGGUUGGGCGUGAACAUGCGUAUCCAGGCCAGUAGGCUGACGAAGCUGGGGUGGAAGCCGCGGGAGGUCAGCAUCCUGGAUACCUUGGCCGACGUCAUUCCGCAGUACCUGGCUUGGGAGAAGGAGCAGAGUAGUAGUUGA